UUGAAACCAGAUUCUUUAAAUUUAUGUACACGCACAUGUUUAUAAUGAAAUGGCUUUAAUGUAUCAUUUAUAUUUACGGCAGGUUGGGCGUAAACUUUGAAGAGUGCAAGGGGUCAACCACUAGUAUAAACGAGCUAUAUGAACGAUGCAUGAACCUGACACCUUCUCCAACAAAGGAUGUUAUAUCUAAAAUUGUUGCAAGGAUGUUCAAAGUAGAACCGAGGAUGCAGUUCCAAAAUGGCGAACGUUUUGUUGUUUACAACAAUUUAAGGUCAAGAGUCGACAGUAAUACAAAUAUGUGCUUUCCGCCUUUUUGUACAGUUACAGAACAAACAUCUGGCAAGUUGCAAAUUCAAUGUCCCCUGAUAACUGUCAUCAAUGGAAAAGUAGAAACUUGCACUGUUACAUUUACAGACACGGAUACAACUAUCUUCGUAGCUGGGCAACAUGUAAAAUGUGGCUAUUCCCUACCACUUGUUCAAAAUACCUUAGAUGGGACCAUACAGGCUCUACAUUCCAUAAGAAUCUGCAAAGGUGUACCUUAUGCAGAAAAGCUACCGAAAACAUUUCAAAAGGAAACUAUUACCUUUAUUCAUAAUGAGAACACAGUCUGUUCAAUUGGACGUUCUAAAUCCUGUAAAAAGCUUAUACCACUCUUUGGGAAGACAGACACUUGUAAAACAUGCUUAGACUCACAUAAUCAAUAUAAAAGACGCGCAGAUAAACUGGUCAUUGCUGAGAUAUGUGACGAAACAAGUGUAAGAGAGGAGCCACCUGAAAAGCAACCACGUGUGCCACUAUGUGACAGCACAAAUAUUGCUUCAACUUCAAUUCCAAUUUCAACUCCUAUCCAAUCGAACAGUGUCAUUAAUACAUCUAUGGUCCUAAAUAAGGAAUCACAUGCAGAUAUGAAAUCCAUUUUAGGAGACAUAUUGAAAGACGGUAAUGCUGGCCAUUUCAAAUUAUUGCUAGAAUCUCAGUUACGGAACUGUAGUAAUGAACUAGACAUUCAUCAAAGGAGAUGGGAUCCAAAGGUUAUUAGCAUAUGCUUGGGUAUACUUUUAAGAUCUCCUCAGGCUUAUCAAAAUUUGAAAGAUUCCGGACUUCUUGUAUUACCAUCCCGCCGAAUAUUACAGUACUAUAAAAAUAUAGUUAAACAACAUCCUGGAUUUAACGCUCAAAAUUUGGAUUGGAUGAAGAAGGAAGCCGAAAGGAAAAACAUCUCUGAAUUUGGACUCCAUGGUGGAAUUUUGAUAGAUGAAAUGACUGUUCAGGAUGACUUGAUUAUAAGUAGAACCGGUGAUACCUGGAAUAUUGUUGGUAUGGUGGAUAUGGGAGACACUAACAAUGCAAUAAAAGUGCUAACUGAUGGAAAGAAAAAGGUCGAGAUGGCUACGCAUGCGUUACAGUUCGUGUUCCAUGGUUUUACUGGUUUUAGAUGGCCUGUGGUGUAUUUUGGGUCGAACACAGCAACAGCCCAUGAACUCUAUACUACAUUUUGGGACUGCGUUGAUAAAUUAGAUGAACAUGGUUUCUGUGUGGAUUACCUUAUGCUAGACGGAGCAUCCACAAACAGGUCCUUUACUAGUAUGCUCAUGAAAGACCCGAGAAAAGCCAAAUAUGUAUUUCAUGAUGUCUUUGAUCAUACACACUCCAUCUGUGCAAUACAGGACAUUAUGCAUUGUUUAAAAAAAGUUAGAAACAAUAUUGAGUCAAGUACUUUAGAGCAUAGCAAAGACAAAGGACGGUAUCUCAUUAUCAAGGAUGUUCCUGUUGUCUGGGACCAUUGGAGGGAGUGUUUUAAUUUUAAUUUUCAGAAUGGAUUUGCCAUUCAUAGAAAACUUACAGAUGAGCACAUCAAUCUAACACCCGCAUCGAAAAUGAGAAACCACUUAGCGAUACAAGUGCUGUAUAAUGACAUGCUUUAUCUUAUGAAAAUGUAUCAGUCGACACUCGCAGAUCCAGAAAGGUUAUCUUCUUCUAUAUUGUUACUAGAGAAAACAUCGCAAGUCGCAUCAAUUUUCUCAGACAAAAACAGGCCAAUUUCGACCCUUACAGACGACAGAUUAACUGUUUUGAAAGAUGUUCUUAAUUUCUUCAACUCCUGGGAAUCUGAAAUUUCUUCAUUGACUACUUAUACAGACAAGAAAAAUUUGAUGACCCAACAAACCAGAGAUGAUAUAAAUUCUUCCAUAACAGGUUUCUUAUCUCUCUGCGAUCUUCAUGUGAAAAACGGAAAUUCUAUCAAUCCUGGUUACUUAAAUUCAGAUUUGGUGGAAAACUUCUUCUGCCAGCAAAGGGGGAUCAGAAAUGGUCUCAACACCAAUCCGACGUUGCCACAGUAUGGUCCGUCUCAGACGGCAAUUAUCCUAGGACAACACAGUGUCAGUAACAAAUCAAAUUCUGGUUCUGCUGCAGUGUUAUAUAACGCGCAUAGGCCAUUCCCACUAAAUCCUCAACGAAAUAAAACUAGAAAACUUAAAAGGCGCAACAUACGCAUAUGAACAGAACGCGUGUACCGAUGACUGUUUAGUUCGAACAUGUGUAUUUUCGCGAGGUAACUAUCAUAUUGUUACACAUCGGACUUUAAACUGCCAAUCCAACAUAUUCUGUCAUAUUCUUACAGUUAAUAAUUUUACGUUUUCUAUUUUGGCGGGAUUUAUUUGCAUAUCAAUAUUUGCAUAUAUAUAUAAUAUACAAAAGAAACUAACUAUUAAGUACAAUUACACUAUACUUACUUCAACGUGUGUGUUUUUCCUGUACCACAAGAGCCUGUCAUUACAAAGCUAUGACCUUUUAAGGCCAGUGAUAUAGCAUCAGUUUGUGACAUUGUUUACAUCCGCUGUUCUCUAAAGUACGGUUCUGUACGGGUACGGUGCGGGUCCGUAAGUGAAUUAGGAAAAACAGAUUCGCAGUGAAUAAAAACAACAACAACACGCAAUGGAUCCGACGAUGAGCGGAAUAUGUUGAAUAAUUGUGAAUUAUGAGAAAGGUAGUUCACGGUAAGCAGUGUUCCUAGUUUCUUUCACCGGCCUUUUGAUUAUUAUACCAUGAAUCGAUGUAGGGUACCCUGUUUU